ACAAGUCAGCAAAUUGUCGUCUCCAUCUGCAUCAGAAGAACGUACGAUACGGUCCUUCUGAACGCCAACUCCAGUGAUUCCACGGCACUUUUCCAGCAAGUUGUUCAAGGGCUGACGACUACCUUUACGAGCAGUCCGGGAAUAGCAGCCAUUCAACCUAUUGGCUUCGCACCUGGCUGUGGAGGCGUAGUUUCCACCGUGCAAUGCGCCGUUGCUCCCUUCGCCCUGCAGACUGUGUCCAACACCUUCCAGACUCUACAGGUGAACUUGGGAGUCUUGACGAUUGAUCCUGCAGUAACUACCGUUGUGUCUGCUGCCACAAGAAGAACCGUUAUUGUCACGGUGGAGCUGACUCUUACCUACAUUGUGGACUAUCAAGAUACGUCAUCAGAAGCAUAUACCAACUUGAGCGUCACUAUCGAAAAUGCGGUCCUGCAAGUCUUUGCUGCCAACCCAGCAGACAUCCAGUCGGUGGCCAUCACGUCGGUGGCCCCAGGAGCGUCGGCAACAAGCACAUCGGUGACUGUAAGUGUGGUGACUCUAGGUGCAAAUGUCAACACCACCACUCAAAUCAUCGUCAAUACCACAUCGGCGGGAGUGCAGCUUGGAAACCUGCCAAUAGUGUCAUCUACCGUCGGAGAUACUACUCCUCCCUGUAGAGCAGUAGCAGACAUCGUCUUCCUUGUGGAUGGCACCGGCAGCGUCGGCUUGGAGAACUUUGAGCGAAUGAAGACCUUCAUCAGGCAGCUCUUUGCCUACUUGGAUAUCGGAGAAAACGCCGUUCGCGUCUCUAUCGUUCAGUAUGCAGCCCAGGCGCGCACAGAAUUCUUCCUUGACCAGUACUACGACCUCCAGGAGGCGCAAGAUGCAGUGGAUGGUAUUGAGUACAUGGGCGGCUACACGCUGACAGGUAAAGCCAUCGACUUCGCCACCAAUCUGCACUUCGACCUGAGGAAGGGCGCGCGAGCCGACGUCACCAAAAUAGCCGUUGUCAUCACCGACGGCAUAUCCUAUGACGACGUCAACCGUCCUGCUAGGAGGAUGCGCCAGGCAGGAAUCGUCACCAUUGCUGUCGGUGUGGGCAAUAACCUGGACAGAGACCAACUGACAGCUAUCGCAGGAGAUGCAAAGACUCUUCUGUCUUUAGAUGAUUUCGACAGACUCCAGGACUUGACUACCUCUCUGCCCACCAUGCUUUGCGACGUUGGUACAAGUCAGCAAAUUGUCGUCUCCAUCUGCAUCAGAAGAACGUACGAUACGGUCCUUCUGAACGCCAACUCCAGUGAUUCCACUGCACUUUUCCGGCAAGUUGUUCAAGGGCUGACGACUACCUUUACGAGCAGUCCGGGAAUAGCAGCCAUUCAACCUAUUGGCUUCGCACCUGGCUGUGGAGGCGUAGUUUCCACCGUGCAAUGCGCCGUUGCUCCCUUCGCCCUGCAGACUGUGUCCAACACCUUCCAGACUCUACAGGUGAACUUGGGAGUCUUGACGAUUGAUCCUGCAGUAACUACCGUUGUGCCUGCUGCCACAAGAAGAACCGUUAUUGUCACGGUGGAGCUGACUCUUACCUACAUUGUGGACUAUCAAGAUACGUCAUCAGAAGCAUAUACAAACUUGAGCGUCACUAUCGAAAAUGUCCUGCAAGUCUUUGCUGCCAACCCAGCAGACAUCCAGUCGGUGGCCAUCACGUCGGUGGCCCCAGGAGCGUCGGCAACAAGCACAUCGGUGACUGUAAGUGUGGUGACUCUAGGUGCAAAUGUCAACACCACCACUCAAAUCAUCGUCAAUACCACAUCGGCGGGAGUGCAGCUUGGAAACCUGCCAAUAGUGUCGUCUACCGUUGGAGAUACUACUCCUCUCUGUAGAGCAGUAGCAGACAUCGUCUUCCUUGUGGAUGGCACCGGCAGCGUCGGCUUGGACAACUUUGAGCGAAUGAAGACCUUCAUCAGGCAGCUCUUUGCCUACUUGGAUAUUGGAGAAAACGCCGUUCGCGUCUCUAUCGUUCAGUAUGCAGCCCAGGCGCGCACAGAAUUCUUCCUUGACCAGUACUACGACCUCCAGGAGGCGCAAGAUGCAGUGGAUGGUAUUGAGUACAUGGGCGGCUACACGCUGACAGGUAAGGCCAUCGACUUCGCCACCAAUCUGCACUUCGACCUGAGGAAGGGCGCGCGAGCCGACGUCACCAAAAUAGCCGUUGUCAUCACCGACGGCAUAUCCUAUGACGACGUCAACCGUCCUGCUCGGAGGAUGCGCCAGGCAGGAAUCGUCACCAUUGCUGUCGGUGUGGGCAAUAACUUGGACAGAGACCAACUGACAGCUAUCGCAGGAGAUGCAAAGACUCUUCUGUCUUUAGAUGAUUUCGACAGACUCCAGGACUUGACUACCUCUCUGCCCACCAUGCUUUGCGACGUUGGUACAAGUCAGCAAAUUGUCGUCUCCAUCUGCAUCAGAAGAACGUACGAUACGGUCCUUCUGAACGCCAACUCCAGUGAUUCCACGGCACUUUUCCGGCAAGUUGUUCAAGGGCUGACGACUACCUUUACGAGCAGUCCGGGAAUAGCAGCCAUUCAACCUAUUGGCUUCGCACCUGGCUGUGGAGGCGUAGUUUCCACCGUGCAAUGCGCCGUUGCUCCCUUCGCCCUGCAGACUGUGUCCAACACCUUCCAGACUCUACAGGUGAACUUCGGAGUCUUGAGGAUUGAUCCUGCAGUAACUACCGUUGUGCCUGCUGCCACAAGAAGAACCGUUAUUGUCACGGUGGAGCUGACUCUUACCUACAUUGUGGACUAUCAAGAUACGUCAUCAGAAGCAUAUACCAACUUGAGCGUCACUAUCGAAAAUGCGGUCCUGCAAGUCUUUGCUGCCAACCCAGCAGACAUCCAGUCGGUGGCCAUCACGUCGGUGGCCCCAGGAGCGUCGGCAACAAGCACAUCGGUGACUGUAAGUGUGGUGACUCUAGGUGCAAAUGUCAACACCACCACUCAAAUCAUCGUCAAUACCACAUCGGCGGGAGUGCAGCUUGGAAACCUGCCAAUAGUGUCGUCUACCGUUGGAGAUACUACUCCUCUCUGUAGAGCAGUAGCAGACAUCGUCUUCCUUGUGGAUGGCACCGGCAGCGUCGGCUUGGACAACUUUGAGCGAAUGAAGACCUUCAUCAGGCAGCUCUUUGCCUACUUGGAUAUUGGAGAAAACGCCGUUCGCGUCUCUAUCGUUCAGUAUGCAGCCCAGGCGCGCACAGAAUUCUUCCUUGACCAGUACUACGACCUCCAGGAGGCGCAAGAUGCAGUGGAUGGUAUUGAGUACAUGGGCGGCUACACGCUGACAGGUAAGGCCAUCGACUUCGCCACCAAUCUGCACUUCGACCUGAGGAAGGGCGCGCGAGCCGACGUCACCAAAAUAGCCGUUGUCAUCACCGACGGCAUAUCCUAUGACGACGUCAACCGUCCUGCUCGGAGGAUGCGCCAGGCAGGAAUCGUCACCAUUGCUGUCGGUGUGGGCAAUAACUUGGACAGAGACCAACUGACAGCUAUCGCAGGAGAUGCAAAGACUCUUCUGUCUUUAGAUGAUUUCGACAGACUCCAGGACUUGACUACCUCUCUGCCCACCAUGCUUUGCGACGUUGGUACAAGUCAGCAAAUUGUCGUCUCCAUCUGCAUCAGAAGAACGUACGAUACGGUCCUUCUGAACGCCAACUCCAGUGAUUCCACGGCACUUUUCCGGCAAGUUGUUCAAGGGCUGACGACUACCUUUACGAGCAGCCCGGGAAUAGCAGCCAUUCAACCUAUUGGCUUCGCACCUGGCUGUGGAGGCGUAGUUUCCACCGUGCAAUGCGCCGUUGCUCCCUUCGCCCUGCAGACUGUGUCCAACACCUUCCAGACUCUACAGGUGAACUUGGGAGUCUUGACGAUUGAUCCUGCAGUAACUACCGUUGUGCCUGCUGCCACAAGAAGAACCGUUAUUGUCACGGUGGAGCUGACUCUUACCUACAUUGUGGACUAUCAAGAUACGUCAUCAGAAGCAUAUACCAACUUGAGCGUCACUAUCGAAAAUGCGGUCCUGCAAGUCUUUGCUGCCAACCCAGCAGACAUCCAGUCGGUGGCCAUCACGUCGGUGGCCCCAGGAGCGUCGGCAACAAGCACAUCGGUGACUGUAAGUGUGGUGACUCUAGGUGCAAAUGUCAACGCCACCACUCAAAUCAUCGUCAAUACCACAUCGGCGGGAGUGCAGCUUGGAAACCUGCCAAUAGUGUCGUCUACCGUCGGAGAUACUACUCCUCCCUGUAGAGCAGUAGCAGACAUCGUCUUCCUUGUGGAUGGUACCGGCAGCGUCGGCUUGGACAACUUUGAGCGAAUGAAGACCUUCAUCAGGCAGCUCUUUGCCUACUUGGAUAUCGGAGAAAACGCCGUUCGCGUCUCCAUCGUUCAGUAUGCAGCCCAGGCGCGCACAGAAUUCUUCCUUGACCAGUACUACGAUCUCCAGGAGGCGCAAGAUGCAGUGGAUGGUAUUGAUUACAUGGGCGGCUACACGCUGACGGGUAAAGCCAUCGACUUCGCCACUAAUCUGCACUUCGACCUGAGGAAGGGCGCGCGAGCCGACGUCACCAAGAUAGCCGUUGUCAUCACCGACGGCAGAUCCUAUGACGACGUCAACCGCCCUGCUCGGAGGAUGCGCCAGGCAGGAAUCGUCACCAUUGCUGUCGGUGUGGGCAAUAACUUGGACAGAGACCAGCUGACAGCUAUCGCAGGAGAUCCAAAGACUCUUCUGUCCCUGGAUGGUUUCGACAGACUUCAGGACUUGACUACUUCUCUGCCCACCAUGCUUUGCGACGUUGGAACAAGUCAGCAAAUUGUCGUCUCCAUCUGCAUCACCACGACGUACGGUACGGACCUUCUGAACGCCAACUCCAGUGACUCCACGGCACUUUUCCAGCAAGUUGUUCAAGGGUUGACCACCACCUUUACAAACAGUCCGGGGAUAGCAGCCGUUCAACCCAUUGGCUUCGCACCUGGCUGUGGAGGCGUAGUUUCGACCGUGCAAUGUUCCGUUGCUCCCUUCGCCCUGGCGACUGUGUCCGACACCUUCCAGAAUCUACAGGGGACCUUGGGAGCUUUGACCGUUGGUCCUGCAGGAGCUACCGUUGUGUCUGCUGCCACAAGAACAACCGUCAUUGUCACGGUGGAGCUGACUCUUCCCUACACCGUUGACCUUCAAGAUACGUCAUCACAAGCCUAUACCAACCUGAGCGUAACUAUUGAAAAUGCGGUCCUGCAAGUAUUUGCUGCCAACCCAGCAGACAUCCAGUCGGUGUCCAUCACGUCGGUGGCCCCAGGAGCGACCGCAACAAGCACAUCAGUGACUGUAAGUGUAGUAACGCUAGGUGCAAAUGUCGACGUCACCACCCAAAUCAUCGUCAAUACCACAGCGGCGGGAGUGCAGCUUGGAAACCUGCCUGUAGUGUCGUCUACCGUUGGAGAUACUACUCCUCCAUGUAGAGCUGUAGCAGACAUCGUCUUCCUUGUGGAUGGCACCGGCAGCGUCGGCUUGGAGAACUUCGAGCGAAUGAAGACCUUCAUCAGGCAGCUCUUUGCCUACUUGGAUAUCGGAGAAAACGCCGUUCGCGUCUCCAUCGUUCAGUAUGCAGCCCAGGCGCGCACAGAAUUCUUUCUUGACCAGUACUACGAUCUCCAGGAGGCGCAAGAUGCAGUGGAUGGUAUUGAUUACAUGGGCGGCUACACGCUGACGGGUAAGGCCAUCGACUUCGCCACUAAUCUGCACUUCGACCUGAGGAAGGGCGCGCGAGCCGACGUCACCAAGAUAGCCGUUGUCAUCACCGACGGCAUAUCCUAUGACGACGUCAACCGUCCUGCUCGGAGGAUGCGCCAGGCAGGAAUCGUCACCAUUGCUGUCGGUGUGGGCAAUAACUUGGACAGAGACCAACUGACAGCUAUCGCAGGAGAUCCAAAGACUCUUCUGUCCCUGGAUGGUUUCGACAGACUUCAGGACUUGACUACUUCUCUGCCCACCAUGAUUUGCGACGUUGGAACAAGUCAGCAAAUUGUCGUCUCCAUCUGCAUCACCACGACGUACGGUACGGACCUUCUGAACGCCAACUCCAGUGACUCCACGGCACUUUUCCAGCAAGUGGUUCAAGGGGUAAGAACCGAUCAUUUCUCAAAAGGAAAUUGA